AUGAAACGUUCAGCAGCGGCAUCAAGCACCGUCGGUAGUGGCAGUGGCGGCAAACAGCAGAGACCGUUAGAGCAGGAUGGGGAAUUGCGUGCUGCACCAGCAGCAGCAACUGCAACAACAACAGUGGCUGCAGCUGCAGCAGCAACAGCAACAGCAGUGGCAUUAACAACAGUGAUUGCAGGUGCACCAGCAGCAGCAACUGCAACAACAACAGUGGCUGCAGCUGCAGCAGCAACAGCAACAGCAGUGGCAUUAACAACAGUGAUUGCAGGUGCACCAGCAGCAGCAACUGCAACAACAACAGUGGCUGCAGCUGCAGCAGCAACAGCAACAGCAGUGGCAUUAACAACAGUGAUUGCAGGUGCACCACCAGCAGCAACUGCAACAACAACAGUGGCUGCAGCUGCAGCAGCAACAGCAACAGCAGUGGCAUUAACAACAGUGAUUGCAGGUGCACCACCAGCAGCAACUGCAACAACAACAGUGGCUGCAGCUGCAGCAGCAACAGCAACAGCAGUGCCAUCAGCUGCACCAGCAGCAGCAGUGGCAUGA